AUGGCUCCGAAAAGAGGUGCGAAAGCUCCAGUAGUAGCAGCGAAGAAGAAGCCCGAGAAAGUGACGAACCCGUUGUUCGAGAAGCGUCCGAAGCAGUUCGGGAUCGGAGGGGCAUUGCCUCCGAAGCGGGACCUGACACGGUUUGUGAAGUGGCCGAAGACUGUUCAAAUCCAACGCAAGAAGCGCAUCCUCAAGCAGAGGCUCAAGGUCCCUCCCGCACUCAACCAGUUCACCAAAACCCUCGACAAAAAUCUCGCAACAAACCUAUUCAAGAUGCUGCUGAAGUACAGGCCAGAAGACAAAGCAGAGAAGAAGGAGCGUUUGUUGAAGAGGGCUCAGGCUGAGGCUGAUGGCAAAAGUGUUGAAGCCAAGAAACCUAUUGUUGUCAAAUAUGGUCUCAACCACGUUACCUACCUUAUUGAGCAGAAUAAGGCGCAACUUGUGGUGAUUGCUCAUGAUGUGGACCCAAUCGAGCUUGUGGUCUGGCUUCCAGCACUCUGCAGGAAGAUGGAAAUUCCAUACUGCAUUGUCAAGGGCAAAGCACGCCUGGGAUCGAUUGUCCACAAGAAAACUGCUUCAGUUUUGUGCUUGACAACUGUCAAGAAUGAAGAUAAAAUGGAGUUCAGUAGAAUCUUAGAAGCUAUUAAGGCUAACUUCAAUGACAAGUUUGAUGAGUACAGAAAGAAGUGGGGUGGUGGAAUCAUGGGUUCCAAAUCCCAAGCCAAGACUAGGGCUAAGGAGAAACUCCUUGCCAAAGAAGCAGCCCAAAGAAUGUCUUAG